AGCACCUGAGGUUAUUAUUGGAAAAGAACAGACUUUUAAAUCUGAUAUUUAUAGUAUUGCAAUGCUUAUGUGGGAAGUUUCAUCAGGACAACCACCAUUUAUUAAUUAUGAACAUGAUUACGAUCUUGCAAUGAAUAUUGUUAAUGGUAUAAGACCAAAAAUUGUACCGGGAACUCCUUUAGAAUAUAAAAAUUUAAUGAAACAAUGUUGGAAUGCUGAUCCAUCAAAAAGACCUGAUAGUUAUACACUUCAGAGUAAAAUGAGAGAUAUUAAUUUAUUUUAUCAAACCAGUAAAUCAAGUGAAUUAUCUCAGCUAGAAGAAAAUAAUAAUUUUGAAAUGGAAAAUCGUACUAGCAGUAGCAAACUAUUUACAAGUAAACUUCAUCAAUUUGAUAAUCUUCCUGAACCAAGAAAUGCAACAGAAGCAUUUCAUAGUAACAAAUCAUAUGAUUUUCAUAUUCCUAAUAAUAUUGAUGAUUUUAAUAAAUCAAGUAGUAAGAAAAAUAGUACUUCAAAAAUCAGUACCAUAUUUAAAGAUUAUUUAGUUGGCAGCAAAAAGUUAUCCAAUAUAUUUAAAAGAAGCUCAAAAAAUGGCAAUAAUUAUAAGAUUGAAACAAUGCAACAGCAAACAAUGAAUCAUCAUAUUAAAGAUAAUGGUAUGUAA